GCGCGGCAGCACACAAUGAGUACAUGCAAAUCGAAGUCACAUGGCGCUUCAUUUCCCGAGUGAUACCAUCGUCAUAGAUAUGUGAAGAGAACAUGGCCCGCAUCUCCCUCUACUUCUUGCGCUUGUCAUUGAGGACACCAGCUGCGAGACAGGAAAUAUGAUGGUGAAGCUUCCGAUAUGGAAGAUGUCUCCAAUCUCCACAUGUCCAGACGUGGUGAUGCAAGGUCCGACUCCGAAAUUACUCGUUAUCAGGGCGCUUUGAUAAGGAAUGUAGUGCCUUGCUCGAUAGGGAAGGGAGCGGGGUGCGGGAGAUGGCCGACAGCAGGCCGGGCAAGCGAUAACGGAUUCUCAGCUUGUGAUUGGUAUAGCAGUUUGUCAAGCCAGACCCAUGUCAGAUGGCCGUGAUGGCAAUGCAUAAGAUGAAGGCUUGAGAUGAAGGACGAGGAGCUGAGGAGAUGAUGAAGAAUGGAGGUUCUUUGUUAUGGAGACAAGUUGGAGAUGUUUGAUUUGUAUGCACUGCCUUCCAAAACGGGAAAGUGUCUUCACAAAGGUCACCAACAGCAACACACGCAUAUCAACUUCACCAUUGUCCAAAAUUGAGCUCAUUGAGCAAUAUAAAAGAGAUUGGAUUCGGUCACCAAUACCUAUAUCUGAAUUUAAGUUCUCUCAACCACGGCUGAGAAUUAGACUGCUCAUAAUGAAUCCAAGAGUAGGAGUUGGAGUCGUGGUCCUGAACAAUGAAGGGAAGAUCGUUCUGGGCAAGAGGAAGGGAAGCCAUGGUGCCGGUACCUGGGCAUUCCCCGGAGGCCAUCUAGAAUUCGGCGAAUCUUUCGAAGCCUGCGCAGUACGGGAAGUUCUCGAAGAGACAGGCCUCUCGAUUCAUGACGUACGUUUCCUAACUGCUACGAACGAUGUCAUGAAGGCCGAAGGAAAGCACUAUAUUACUGUCUAUGUCGGUGCUACGGUCAAGGAAGACAACGCACAGCCCCAGGUGAGUUGGACCAUCCGGUCUUGUCCACGAUGUCUCCUUACUAAUUCGUGGUUUCAGAUAUUGGAGCCCGAGAAGUGUGACGAAUGGCGGUGGAUAAGUUGGGACGAUCUUCGAUCAUGGUUCAACAAGCAGGUGCAGACUGAAGGAAUGGAGACCAGCGAUGCUCAACCCAGACUAUUCAUUCCUCUGUUCAAUCUCUUCCGACAACGGCCGACCUUUGACCCGAAAAAGAGUUAUGAUUCUGCACAAGCAUAGUACUUCUCGUUUCUGGUUUUCCGUCAGUUAUUGUUGAUCUAUGGUUCUUCGACGACAACUUAUCGGAGGCUUGUCAUCCUUUCAAAAUAUAAGAUGAAUACAGAC